GAAUCAAAAAAUUCUAUGGAAUCAUGAAAGACAGAAAGAUUCUUCGAAUUUAGUCAUAACAUUUCGUUAUAUUGACAAUUUCAAAAACUGUUCAUACUAUGAGCAUAGUAUGCUGGCGGGCGGGCAAACGCGCCCCCAUCGUCUAGUGGUUCAGGACAUCUCUCUUUCAAGGAGGCAGCGGGGAUUCGACUUCCCCUGGGGGUAGGGUAUUACGAAAGGAAGUUGAUCAUGGAUUAUUAAUAAGUCUGGAAUUGAUUCUUCCCGGGUCGAUGCCCGAGCGGUUAAUGGGGACGGACUGUAAAUUCGUUGGCAAUAUGUCUACGCUGGUUCAAAUCCAGCUCGGCCCAAUAAUUCACUGAUCCGCCAUGAAAUGAUAUAACCCCUUUGUUCUCUCGAAAUGCCUGAUACGGAAAAAAAGUAAAAAUCUCUGAUAUAUCUCUACCUGUUCUUUAUUUGAUUUGCUUUAUUUUUUUUUUUUUUCUCACAAAUUAUGAUCUUGCUAAUGAUCUAGAUUCAGAUCAGGAUUUGUAAGUAUAAAGUCUAAGAAAAAGAAUAAUGGAAAGAAAAAAAGAGUCUUUUUUCAUUGAAAGAUUUUUUUUAUUAUCAAUCCGACUUUGAUUUGAAAUAACGAAAAGAUGACUAGUAAUCCCUGUCCCUUUUAUAACUAAAGUGAAUAUCCAUGUGGAUAUCAAUAUAUCACUCCCGUUUCUGUUACAACGCGGCAAUUCCAAUUUCAAAUCUAAAUAGUAAAGGGUUUGAAUGAAAUCAUAAGAAAAUGUAUGCUGUACACUUUAUUGCAUUUCCCCGGGAUUGUAGUUCAAUUGGUCAGAGCACCGCCCUGUCAAGGCGGAAGCUGCGGGUUCGAGCCCCGUCAGUCCCGACGGAUCCAAAUCCAAUAAUCUAAUAAAAAAAUACAUCAAUUCAUCUCUCCCUUUUCUGCGAAAGGGGGGCAAAUAGCACAAUUUCAUUCCCAAGGGGAUCCUUAAUUAUUAUUAUUCUUUUAUUAUUCUUUUAUUGUUCUUAUUUAUAUAUUUUUUUUUUUUUUUUGUUCCAAUUUUGUGUAAUCUCAAUUCAAAAUUUUAAUUUUAAACAAUCUAUCUCAUUCAAAUUGCGCAUUGAAGUUUUAAUAUAUUCUAUGCAUUUCAUUACCAAAGAAAGGGGGUAUUAAAAAAAUAAAGAUCAAAUAAAAAUAAGGAUCCCACUUCUAUUAGAGAGGGAAUGAAUAAUUUUGUUUUAAGGAUUUUUGCUGAAAAAAAAAAACAAAUCCUAAACAAAUGAAUUUGGUAGAAUAUUCGAUUUUUUUAUACUAUAUUGGGACUUGAUCACAUUUUUUUGUUUUCCAAUAAGAUUAGAUCAUUAAAAAAGGAGUUUAGAACUUAACGCCUCUUUACCCGUUUUGCUCCUAUUGUUUGUUUGGGUUUGGUUGUAACCAAUGUAAGUGUAAAGGUGGGUCUUCGUCAGAUGAUUGUACAAAGAAGGCGAAAAUUUUAUAGAAAAGAAAGAAUAUGAUAAGAAUAUGAUAAAUAAAAAUAAAGUAAAGUAAAGAAAUUCUCAAUUGAAUCAAGAAUCCAUUUUUUGAAUUCGGUAUGAAUAAACGAUCUUUCUAUGUUAUACUAUUCAAUUCUCGACGAUGAAUCGAUUUGAUAGCUCAGAUAUUGUUAUUCAUGAUAUUGAUCAGACUCGAUAUCAUCGAGAUGGAAAUCAUCCCAUUGAAUUUAGAGGCGAAAGAUUUAUUAUCUCUAUGGGAUUAAAUCCCGAGUUAUUGCGAAGUAAAGAAAAACGAAACGAUGAGAUUAUGGAAGUAAAUAUUCUUGCAUUUAUUGCGACUGCACUGUUCAUUCUAGUUCCUACUGCUUUUUUACUUAUAAUAUACGUAAAAACAGUUAGUCAAGGUGAUUAAUUUGAAUGAAACUUGACUUCUUAGUUCUUAUCAAUAUCAAUGAUUGAAGAAAAAAAUGAAAAGGAUUCCUGUUUUGCGUCUUAGAUGAAAGGAACGGACUAGAAUUAGCAGUAUUCUAUGAGAUCCGAUAGUAUGAUAGAAAGAAAUCUAUUUCUUUCUAUCAUACUAUCCUUUAUUUGUUAUUCUAGUGUAUAAAGUUGUACUGUAUAAAGAUAUAGGAUUAAUAUAGAUAUAGAUUAGUCUAUAAUAUAAUCUUAUAUUUAUAUAUCUAGAUAUUAAUUAUCUAAUCUAGAUAUUAAUUAUCUAUAUGUAAUGUACAUAAUGUCCCAAUUCUAUUUCUUCAUUAUUUGAUUUGUGUUGAUUCCAAAAGAGUUGAAAGGCAACUCUUACUCUUACUUUUACGAUUCUAAUUCCUAGAUUUCUUAUUAUUUUCAAUAUGAAUCCCGGCAUUUACCGAAAGAAUAAAAUCAAUCAAAAGGAAUAAAUCUGGACAAAUAUUAAUAAAAGAAAAUCAAGAAAUCUUUUUUUUUUUUUUUAGCAUUUCGAAGAAGUAAUUGAUUGAGCAGUUGACAGAUCAUCCAAGGAAAGGAGUUCUAUAAAAACUUUUUUCAGAUUUCAAACGAAAAGGAUUAGUAAACCAGCAAACCCUGCCGAUUUUUAACCUUUGAAUCAUGAUAUGAAAUGAGUCAAGUCAAUAAGGUAUAGCAUAAAUCCAAUUUCUAAAAUAAUAAAAAAAAUACUAAAUUAAGAUUAAAAGCACGAAGCAAGAAAAUAUCUUAGUAUGCAUAGUAUCUCAUUGGAGAAUCACUAUGUCUAUCUUAUUUCUCAUAGAAAAUUCACUUAAUUUAAUCACUUUAAUUUAAUCACUUUUAAUAUUUGAUAUUUAAUAAAAGAACUACUUUCUUUUCUCUCUUUUCUCUUUGAAUUUGAACAGGAAAGAGGCAAACAAAAAAAAAAAGGGGGGGUUCGCUCUUCUUCAUUGUUCAUAUAUAACUCUGGUAAGAACCAGUUUCUCAAAAUAGAUAAUUUAGGAAGAAUUUUGUUGGAAUAAAUUUCCUAUCAUUUGUAUUCCCUUUACUUUCAAAAUAUGAACACGAGAAUCAUUGAAAUAUUUGUUUAAUUAUGAUUAAAAGGGUAUUAUUCAUAUAUUAUUCUAUUCAUAGAAUAUAUUACUUCACUCGAAUCCAAUAUAAUUUUGGAUUGAAGAUAUUUUUAAUUCAAUUUCUAAAUUUGUAAGAAUUUAGAAAUUGAAUUAAAUAAUUAAAUUAAAUGAAAUUGAAACAAUUAAAUUCAAAAAUCUUUGCAAAACGAUCUAUAAAACAAUUGAUACAGUUUGAUUUCUCAACUCAAUUAGUAGUACCCCUAGAGUCCACUUCUUCCCCAUACUACGAGUGAAAGGGAAAAUGUAAAGACUACCAUUAAAGCAGCCCAAGCGAGACUUACUAUAUCCAUGUGAAUUAUGUCCUCUAUCUCUAUGAAUAUGAAGGAAUUUUUCCAUUAUUGUUCACUAAUAAUAGUAGAAUCGCUGGCGCAGAGUCAAAAAAAAAAGAUUCUGUUCAAUAUAUUGAUGAAACAAUCCAAAAAAUCCAAUUAAUUCUAAGAAGUGCUUAUAUGAUUGCUAAUAGAAUCGAAAAACUUUUAGUACAAACAAAAACAAAAUAGGCAGCAAGACCCUUGGAAGUAUCAAAAAAGUGUUACUAAAAUGUAAGAAAAAAAUAGAUAUGUAUAAGUAAAGGCCAAUUAUCUAUUCAAUCACUAUUUGAUUGAUUGAAUUCCUGAGUACUCAGGAAUUCUCAUGAGUUUGUAUACAAAAGACCUUAGUAGUGGAAGGACUAUUAUAUCAAGAUUUACCGAUUCCCUUUCACCACUAUAAACUUUCCCCGAAUCCUAGAUGCAAGAAUUUACAGCACUUUAGAGAACAGAAUUUUCCGAUGUUUAGAAUCAAGGAAGUAUCAAGAUGUCCUUUCCUUCGCGUGCUUCUGUUGGGGGAAAGUUCGACAAGUUAUAUCAGCAAAAGGGAAUAAAGCAUUUUGCACCUUUUGUUGAUCAGGCGACACCCGGAUUUGAACUGGGGAAAAAGGAUUUGCAGUCCCCCGCCUUACCACUCGGCCAUGCCGCCAAGGCAACACAAAAUAGACGAAAAUAUCCCCCCUCUUUUUUUUUGUACUUGCAUCUUGAAUUCCAUUUUUAUUAAUCCCUUUCCUAAAAAGAAAUCCUUCCGAUUGGAUCUAUUUUUUCGAUUAAUUUUUUUUAUAGUAUCUCAAAACAUACACUAUCUAAAUUCUAAAUUCUUUCCCCUUUCUAUUGUCUAUUGAAAUGAAAAAUGAAUUUUCAGCCACAAAAGCCAAAAUUAAGGACAAAUUGGAACCAUUAACUAUUGACUUGACUGUGAAUUCAUGAACAAUUCUUGGAUUUGAAUCUAAAAUAGUAUUUCCCUAAUCCUAAUUAUAUAAUAAAAUUGAUACAUAACCGAUCAGUAUUGAUUCUUUUCAAUAAAAAAAUUCUUCUCAAUUUCAAUUAUAACAACAAUUAUGAGUAUAUGUAAACCCUAGAACAUAAAAUUUUACACAGAUAUCUAAUCUGCUAUCUUAUCUGUCUAUGAUUCCUAUAAGAAAAUUUCUAUUCAAUUUUUCAUUGAAUAGAAAUUUUGAUAGAGCAUGACAUGCGCUGUCCAAAAUAGAACUGCAGUAAAAGAAGAGACGUAUAACUAUAGAUAGUUAUAGUUAUGUCUGCGUAUGUUUAAUAAACAAACCUUCUUAUGCACUUCAAUCGUAUUAUAUGAACUCGAUUAAAAAAAUAGAUAAAAAUAGAUUUCUUCUAUGUUUUUUUUUGAACUAAACAAUGAAAUCCACGAAAAAACUAAGUACUAAAAAAAAUCAACUUUAUAUUGUUUCUGAUUAUUGGUUCUUUAUCUCAUCGAAAGAUUAAAUCCCGAAUCCAUUUAUUUUACUGGUAUUCAAUCGUAUUGGAAUAUGUAAUAUCAUAAUAAUGGUAGAAAUUGAAUCACUUUUUGUUUUGCUAUUCUAUACAAAAUUUUAUAAGUCUAAGUUAAGUGAAAUUUCUCAAUUCUUUUCCAGUUGUAUCUGUUGCAAAUUAUAAU